UCUGGAUUCCAAGAAUCAAAUUUCCGUGAACAAACUUAACCACAACUUUGUACUUUAAUUUGGCUAUCUUUUUUAUAAUGCGAUCGUUUCGUUGAAUUUAUUAAGCCAAGGUGCAAGUGAAGCUGAAGCGAGAAAGGCAAUGGCGAAUGAUUCACCCGACAGUGGUUCUGUUGAUGAAAUCACAGAUCUUCUCACUUGCUCAUUGUGCUCAAAUAUUUUACAUGAUCCAAAAAGCUUGACUUGUCUUCAUAAUUUCUGUAAAGGAUGCUUAGAAAAGUAUGUUGAACGUCUUCAUGGUGGUGACCAAAACAUUGAGACAUUUCCAUGCCCUAAAUGUCGCUUAGAGUUUACCUUUAAAUCACAUCAAGAUUUGGCUGAAAUGAGAAGUAAUUGUUUCAUCAAGAAUUUGCUGGAUAUUUUGGAGAUUCAACAGAGAGCCAAAAGUUCUACUGAAUGUUUCCGCUGCAAAGAUCCUGCCAUCAAACACUGUUCAUCAUGCGAAAUCUUCAUGUGUGACAAAUGUUCAGAAUGGCAUGACAUAUGGCCAGCUCAUAAACACCACAAUGUAUUAUCUGUAAAAGAACUAAGUUGUCCUAAAAGUCAAAUAAAAAUGAGAAGGAAGCUUCACUGCAUGAAACACAAGGAUAAAGUGCUGGAUUAUUUCUGUGAAAGUUGCAAGGAACUUUGCUGUAUUGACUGUGUUGUAUUAAAUCAUCAGAAACCAGACCAUUCAUGCGUGGCUAUGAGUGAAGUUGCACAGAAACAAAAAGAAACAUUACAAUCAAGCUGCUCAACGCUUGAUAAGAAAUUGUCGGAAGCAAGCGAAGCUUUGACUAAUAUUGAAAGUGUAAUGAAGUCUCUUGAAGAAAAUGCUAAAACUGCAAAAGAUAAGAUCAAAGAACAGAAGGAAAAAGUUUUGAAGAUUGUGACGGAAAAAGUUGAUGAGAGAACAAAGAAAAUGAACGAAGAAGUUGACAAGGCUUAUGAUGAAUUACACAGUGAACUAAACAAACAACAUGAUGAAAUUAAAGGUUAUCAUGACAAACUACAAGCUUCAAUGCCCUUGCCUAAAAGUCUCCUGAAGAGGGGAAGUAUUGAAGAAAUUCUUUCCUUGCAAAAACAGAUUGAUGAAAGUAUUAAAAAGUUGCAAGAAGAAAAGCCAGAUGAUCUAACAGCAGUCAAUGUUGGCGAUAUUCAGCAUGUACCUGGUGAUAUUGAUAAUAUCAAUGUUGAUGAAGUUGUUGAUAAAUUGGGACAUAUUGAAGAACAUAGUGGAUUUCUCAAUUUAAGAAAUUUGUCCAGUAUUUUGAAAGGAGAGAUUGCCUUCAUUAAACAACUUCAGAAAUGGUUGGGAGAGAAAUGUAAUUGGAAUCUUUGUUACCGUGCUUCAAGAGAUGGUUGGGGAGCCCAAAAUUUUCACGCCUAUUGUGACAAUAAAGGACCGACCGUGGUAUUGGUGAAAGCUAAUAAUUGUAUCUUUGGUGGAUACACUGACCAAACCUGGCAUCGCCAGGUUUAUUGUUAUGAGGAGGAUGACUAUUAUGAGGGAAAUUACAGGCAUUCGAACUGUUCAUUUCUGUUCUCUCUACGAAACAAAGUCAACCUUGGUCCAUUUAUUGCCAACAUCAAGCAAGGUCAGGAAGGAAAGGCAAUUUACUGUAAUAAUCCUAAUGGGCCAGUCUUUGGUGGAGGUAAUGAUCUGAACAUUUGUGACAGUCCCAACGUUAAUAAAUCCUACUGCAAUUUUGGAAGCACAUACCAACUACCUUCUGGUUAUACCUAUGCCAGUAAACGAGCAAAGAAACUUCUUGCUGGUCAGUACCAAUUCUUGACAACAGAAAUUGAAGUCUUCUAUUGACUGUUACCAAAUGAACAUAAAUCGAUUGCCGUUAAAGUAUUAUGCAUAAGUGAACCAGCUAGCCAAUAAUUAUUAUAGAAUCUAGAAAGUUAUAACAAAAAUAUUUAACAAACAGAUAACAUUGAACCGUUGUCUGUUCAGUUAUAGAUACACGGAUGACGUCAUUUGUGAUAAGAACAAAACAAAGUGGCCACGAACCGCCCGGGCGAGUUCUUAUCGCAAAUUACACGUCAAUGUUAACUAUUUGUUUAUAUAAUAAAAUGGGAAAAAAUUCCGAAAUUAAACAGGCAAAAAAUUUCCCCAACACUUGGAAAAUUGUCAAAGAAGAAAUUUUGUUUGUAACACGCGUGCAUGUACUAUUGGCUAGCUUAGGAUACGUCCUAAAAUGUGAUUAAGUGACAAAAUAAAACAAGACAUGACUGAUUAAAUUCAGGAUUAAAUUCGUUGAAAUUAUCUGUGAGGUCAUUCCGUGCGUCUAUCCUAUUAGGAUAAUUGUAAUACUUUAACAAGUCAUGCAAAUUAGUCUAUAGAGUAGAUUAGUAUAGCUAUAGCUAUAUAUAGAAAACAUUAUGAUUGGUAAAAGUCUAGCACAGAUUUUUUAUUGUUUUUUCCGCCUCUUGUAACAGCUUUGCACAGGUCAGCUGUUGUGAUGGGCCCAUAUUUCCUGUGAUUAGGACUGGGAAAAGCGGCAAUAAUGGUUUUAUUAUUAGGAGAACGUUAAACGCAGUUACAGAUUCUUUUUAAUAUUUUAAU